AUGGGCAGGGCACCCGGGGAUCGACCCUUGGGAACUGAGGAAGAAGUUAGCCAGUCGCCCUCAAGGCACCCAAGACGUCGGCUCGAGACUCCAAUCCUGGAGGCAGAGGAUGUCGAGAAGCUAGUAAAUGACCAACUCCGAGGUCUUCGACUUAAAGGAAGCAUGGAGGAGGCCCUGUGCAAGGAAAUUGAUCGAGUUGACUGCUCGCCCUUUACCGUCGAGGUGGAAUGA